UUCCUUACGGGUUUUUUUUGUUGUUAUCUCUUUCUAGAAUUUGGGACUCUUGUGGAGAGGUUCUUCAUCACUUAAUCUUUUUAUAUUCAACUCUGGGUAUAUAGCCAAGUCUUGAAGAAGUUUUUCCUGUGCUGGCCCAAUACGCGCGGAGAAUUUCUUAUCUAUCUCCGUCCGCUUUUUUUUUCUACAUUCUCCCUUUGAUCUCAUUCUAAACGACAAGAGUCUGGUAGAAGGGAGAAAAAGGUCCCUCCACAUUCAAUAUGUCGUCAAUGAUUACUACGGCUUCGUGGGUGCGACAAGGUGUCGCAGCCCAGUUCCCCACGAAAUAUGAAAUCAACGAGGAGGAGAUGGAUCGCAUAUCGAAGCUAGCUAAGAUGCAGCUCGAGGAAGCGCAGGGCGAUCUGAAGGCUGCGCAGGAGGAUGAGGCUAUGGAGGAGGAUCACAAGGAUGAUGCGAUGGAGGCCGAUGAGAAGCCCGCGGAGGAGUCGGAGAAGAAGAAUGUUACCGAUGAUGACGACCUGAAAGAGUACGAUCUCGAGCACUACGACAGUGAUGAGGUGGAUGAGGAUGGCGAGAAGAUCACCAUGUUCGGCAAUGUCAAGUCGCUGGCUUAUCACCAACCGAACGAGGAAGAUCCGUACCUGGUCAUGCCGCCGGAGGAGGAAGAUGAGGAAAGAGAGGAGCUGCAGAUUAUGCCGACGGACAAUCUUUUGCUGGCUGGUAAGGUGGAGGAUGAGGUCGCUCAUCUCGAGGUUUACGUCUACGAGGACGCCGCCGAUAAUCUCUAUGUGCACCACGAUAUCAUGCUGCCCGCCAUCCCUCUGGCGGUGGAGUGGCUCGACAUCCCCGUGGGCAAGGCCACUGAGGGCCGGACUACAGGUAACUUCGUCGCGGUCGGAACGAUGGAACCGGAUAUUGAGAUCUGGGACCUCGACAUCGUCGACUGCAUGUAUCCCAAUGCCAUUCUGGGCCAGGGUGCUGCUGACGCCGAGGGCAAGAAGUCCAAGAAGAAGAAGCCCAAGGCGAAUGACGAGUACCACAUUGAUGCCGUGUUGGCCUUGGCCGCCAACCGCCAACACCGCAACCUGCUAGCUUCCGGCUCGGCGGACCGCACGGUGAAGUUGUGGGACCUGCAAACCACCAAGUGCGCCAAGUCUUACUCUCACCACACCGACAAGGUCUGCUCGCUGAACUGGCACCCCACUGAAUCUACGAUCCUCUUGACCGGUAGUUACGACCGGACCGUGGUGGCCGCAGAUAUGAGAGCCCCCGACUCCAAGGCUCGCUGGGGCGUGGACACGGAUGUCGAGAACGUGCGCUGGGACAUUCACGACCCCAACUUCUUCUACGUGACGACGGACGGCGGUAUGGUUUACCGCUACGAUGUGCGCAACAUCCCCGCCACACCCAAGGAGUCGAAGCCCGUGUGGUCGCUGCAGGCGCACGACUCUUCCGUGUCGGCAUUCGAUAUCAACCCAGCGAUUCCUGGUUUCCUUGUCACUGGAUCCACGGACAAGCAGGUGAAGCUCUGGAAUGUCGAGGACAACAAGCCCAGCAUGGUCGUUUCGCGCAAAUUGGAGGUGGGCAAGGUCUUCUCAACGUCUUUUGCACCGGAUGCCGACGUGAGUUUCCGCCUGGCCGUGGCCGGCAGCAAGGGCGUGGUCCAGAUCUGGGAUACCUCCACCAACGCGGCCGUGCGUCGCGCAUUCGUGUCGCGCAUGCCGUCCUUGGAAGGUGAGGUGAAGGAGCGCAUGGUGGGCAUGCAGCCCGAUCAGGAUGAAUCAGACGAUGAUGCUGGACAGGAGGUUGGCGCUGGGCACGGUGGUGAUGGCUGGGAGUCGAUGGAUGAGGAUUAAGAGAGAGAAAAGAAGUAGUGUGAGGACGAAUGUGGAGACAAUGAUGUCGACCCAAAAAAAUUCACGAGGAUAUCUAGAUAGCUUUUUUUUUUCUUACUUUUCUCCUGUACUGCGAUUGACGUCUCUUUUCCCUUUCAUACAUCUAUCUUAUUGACCUGCAAUGAAAACGUCAC